ACUCCCCCGACCUGUACACCCCGCCGCUUAGAGAGAGAGUAAUCAUUUCACGGAGAAGAGAGGGAAGGAGUUUUAGAGAGAGAGAGGAAGGAUGUCUGGUUGGGAUGAGGGGGCCAUCUUCUACAGCGACCAAGCUCAGUUCCCUCGCGGCGGCAACGGCGUCGGCGAUCCCGAACAGGCGGCGAGCCGCCAUACCAUCCUCCGGAAGUUCAAAGAGUUCAUUAGAAGCUAUGUCCGGAAAGAUCAACCAAAUGUCUUACCCUACAGAGAAAGCCUCCUUCAAAACCCUAAAUACCUCCUCGUCAACCUCGCAGACCUCGACGAAUACGAGAAUGGUUUCGCAGAUUUGCUCCGCAAAAACCCAGCCGAUUAUCUACCUUUGUUUGAAACUGCCGCGGCUGAGGUUCUAGCGAGUUUGAGAUCCAGGGUCGCUGGAGAGACUGGAGAAAUGGAGGAGCCGGUGACUGGGGAGGUGCAAAUUUUGUUGUCUUCAGGGGAAGAUCCAGCGUCGAUGCGAUCACUGGGGGCACAAUAUAUAUCAAAACUGGUCAAAAUAUCUGGAAUUACUAUUGCUGCGUCAAGGACUAAAGCAAAGGCGACUUAUGUGACUUUGUUGUGUAAGAAUUGUAAGAAUGUGAAGACUGUUCCCUGUCGCCCGGGGCUUGGCGGGGCGAUUGUGCCUCGCUCAUGUGAUCAUGUAUCCCAGGCUGGGGAAGAACCGUGCCCGAUUGAUCCAUGGAUUGUGGUUCCAGAUAGAAGCAAGUAUGUUGAUCAACAGACCCUGAAAUUGCAAGAAAAUCCUGAGGAUGUCCCCACUGGGGAGCUACCAAGGAACAUGCUUCUAUCAGUCGAUCGCCAUCUUGUGCAAACAAUUGUACCUGGUACAAGAUUGACCAUAAUGGGAAUUUACAGCAUCUUUCAAGCUGCCAAUUCACCCGCAAACCACAAAGGAGCAGUUGCAGUUAGACAACCCUAUAUAAGGGUUGUAGGAAUAGAAGAAGCUAAUGAUGCUAAUUCUAGGAACCCUAUCGACUUCACAACAGAAGAGUUAGAAGAAUUCAAAAAGUUUGCCUCAGAAAGUAAUGCAUAUAAAAAUAUAUGCUCCAAGAUUGCUCCCUCGAUAUUUGGCCAUGAUGAUGUGAAAAAGGCUGUGGCUUGUCUUUUGUUUGGAGGAUCAAGGAAGAGUUUGCCAGAUGGUGUGAAGUUGAGAGGUGAUAUAAAUGUGUUGCUUCUGGGGGACCCAUCUACUGCUAAAUCACAGUUUCUUAAGUUCGUCGAGAAGACAGCUCCAGUAGCUGUAUAUACUUCAGGAAAGGGCUCAUCUGCUGCUGGUCUUACUGCUUCUGUGAUUCGAGACAGCAGCACUCGUGAAUUUUAUCUGGAAGGAGGGGCCAUGGUUUUGGCAGAUGGUGGUGUCGUCUGCAUUGAUGAGUUUGACAAAAUGAGAGCGGAAGACAGAGUUGCUAUUCAUGAAGCCAUGGAGCAGCAAACCAUUUCCAUUGCCAAAGCUGGAAUAACCACUGUUCUCAAUUCUAGAACCUCUGUGCUUGCAGCAGCUAAUCCCCCAUCAGGGCGUUAUGAUGAUCUUAAGACUGCUCAGGAUAACAUUGAUUUGCAGACAACAAUUCUUUCAAGAUUUGAUCUAAUCUUCAUUGUGAAAGAUAUCAGAAUGUACAGUCAAGAUAAGAGCAUUGCUAGCCAUGUCAUCAAACUUCAUGCAUCUGCUGGUGCAGUCACGGGUGACACAAAAACUUCUAAAGAAUAUAAUUGGCUGAAGAGGUAUAUACAAUACUGUCGAACUGCAUGCCACCCUCGUCUAUCAGAUUCUGCUGCUGCAACUUUACAGGAGAAUUAUGUUAGAAUCAGACAGGAUAUGAGGCGACAGGCAAAUGAAACUGGUGAGGCAGCUGCUAUCCCAAUUACUGUGAGGCAGCUGGAAGCUAUUGUAAGGUUGAGUGAGGCAAUUGCAAAAAUGGAACUGUCCCAUGUCGCAAAUGAUAACCAUGUUCUGGAAGCCAUCAGGCUUUUCAACAAUGCUACUAUGGACGCAGCACGUUCUGGAAUAAAUCAACAUAUUAAUCUUACUCCAGAGAUGGCAAAUGAGAUAAAGCAAGCAGAAACUCAGAUAAAGAGAAGAAUGGGAAUCGGAAGCCACAUUUCAGAGAGACGGCUGAUAGAUGAUCUUACCAGGAUGGGGAUGAAUGAAUCCAUUAUUAGAAGAGCUCUGUUAAUUAUGCAUCAAAGAGAUGAAGUUGAGUACAAGCGAGAAAGGCGUGUCAUUGUUCGUAAAGCUUAAUCCUUUGUAAUAAUAUCAGCAAGUUUUUAGCACUACGCAGAGUAGGAGCAAACAUUGUAUUAUUCAAAAAGACUUCUGAAUUCAGGGCUUUCCUCUAGCAGCAGCAAUUAGGAUAGAAAGUGCAACUGAAUUUUUAACUUUCCUUGUUUGUGUAGUUUAGUACUUCUUGCUCUGUAAUUAGUGCGCAAUAUAUAUUGAAAAUUCAACCCAAUUGGCAUGACAUUAAGCCAAAUGUUCUAUUUUGCCACAUUACGCCUAGUUGAUGGCUAUUUGAACCUAUUGAAAUUUGAAACAUAGCGAUUGCCUUGCAUUUCCUUAA